AUGACAGCCACCAUGUUUCGCGCCUUCUCCUUCGACCCUGUAGGACGACCAGCCUACAGCCUAUACGAGGCAGACCGCGCAGCCAUGAACGUUUCGCCCACUUCGCACGUCGCAGAUCUACGCUGCCUCUACCAAAGACCUCGUACACCCUCGCCAUGCACAAUAAGUCAUUUAGCCGCACAGCUUCACCAACAGAGUCUGCGGGUUGACCCUUGCUAUCCGUCUGCUGCGCCCUCGUCACCAUCCCUCGGCGACCACCACGACGUUGAACCCCGCAGCCCACGGCCAACCUAUUCGCGCGUUGCGGCAUCACUACUCCGUAUGCAGCGGCAAAGCAAUUCGCGCAUGCAGUGCAGUGCCUCGCAUGUCCGCGACAUCUCAGCUCUUGUUCGCAUGAUCGAAGAAGAGGAACAAUGCACCGUCUCGGACUCGAAAUCUCGUACCUUGUCUGAGUCAUCCAGUUCAUCCAUCGAGUCAAAGUCUACAGUACCCGAUGACGAUGACGACAACGAUGAGAGGCGCAACAUGGACUGCGACCAUGUUACGCGGGAGCUCGAGACCUUGCUCGGAAUGCAACGAUGGCAAUCGAACGAGAGGUCAGGUAGCUGCGUCCGCGUUACCAGGACGGUGCGCAUGCGGAGGCGGGCUGGCAAUGGUGUUCAGAAGAGAAGGAGUUCGUGA